GUCACCCAUUUUACUCUUGGAAUAAAACAAAACCGUUCUCUUAAACAUUAUCUUUCAUUGUUAUUUCGUGAAGAUGUAUCAUCAUCGAUCGAGUUGCUUCGCCUCAGCACCACUGUUACUGCUUAUUCACAGCUUCCUACUUGCUUCCUUCUUCGACACGGCAGCGGCGCAGAUCGGGGUGUGCUACGGGAAAAUCGGAAACAACCUGCCACGUCCCGCAGACGUGGUUGCGUUUUACCGGCAGCGUAACAUCAAGCUGAUGCGGCUUUACUAUCCCGACCAUGAGGCUCUCACCGCUCUAAAUGGCUCCAACUUCGAACUUAUACUCGAUGUUCCAAACUCGGAUAUCCAGCGUAUUGCCUCCAACCAAUCGGAAGCCGACACAUGGGUAGACAACAACGUCCGCAACUACACAAAGGGUGUCAGAUUCCGCUACAUAUCGGUAGGGAACGAGGUGAAUUACUCGGACACAUCCGCGGGGUUUGUCCUCCCCGCAAUGCGUAACAUGGAGAGAGCUGUUUCAGACCUCGGGAUCAAGGUCUCCACAACUAUAGGCACUAGCGGUUUUAAUUGGUUUCCGCCCUCGGACGCAUUGUUCACAUCGAAUUUUCGGAUCUUUAUUGACCCAGUGUUAUCUUUCUUGGUAAUCAAGAAAUCUCCCCUGCUCGUGAAUAUCGACACUUACUUCACCUACGUUAACACGAGAGACCUGAGUUUGGAAUAUGCUCUGUUAACUUCAAAUAAGACUUUAUUCAGUGACGGCUCAUACUCAUACCGAGACCUCUUCCUCACACUCCUAGACACUAUGUACGCGGCACUGGAGGAAUCAAGAGCCGGAUCAGUGAAGAUCGUGGUGGCCGAGAGCGGUUGGCCAACAUCGGGAGGAACCGCUGCGAGUGAGGACAAUGCAAGAACUUAUGUGAACAAUUUGAUACGAAUUGUGAAGAGUGGAUCUCCAAGGAGGCCAGAGCUGCCUAUCGAGACUUAUUUAUUGUUGGAUUUUGAUGUCAGUUUUCAGAAUAAUUGUUAAGCUCAUCUCUCGGCAUCAAGGUUUGGACAUAGGAGAGGAUUCAUUCUGUUUUGCUUUUAUGUCGUUGUUAAACUAUUAUAUAAAAUGUCAAAUUCAACCA